CACAAAUGUGAGUACCGGCUGACUACGGAAUUACGAGUGCUGUUUGUCAGUGCAUCGCGAAGCUAAUAUGACCGGGUCUAUAUCGGAGCAUGCAGUGCAACGGUGUGUCCGUGAGAUACGUAUAUCACAGUAUAUACGUAAGACCUGCUACUUGCUAUAUACUGUCAACAUUUUUCAAGUGACUGUUCCACGAUGCUUGACAACAUACUGCGAUAUUAACGAAAAUCAUUUAACUUGUUUGGUAUCCAACAAUUACUGAGAAUUUGAAAUAACAGAGUAUACAUAUGAAACAAAGCAAAAAUCUGUGAUGAACAUAAGAAUCUUAUACUCUGUAUGCUAUAAAUACGUUCAGUAUUUCAUAGUUUGAAGAACAAACUUAAUCAAGAAUACUAUGUAUUGGUUUCUUCAUGAAUAAUAUGGCAGUGAAUGAUCAUAUUAAAAUUUUGAACAAAUCAAACUGAAACACGGAAUAUAUAAAAUACGCGAACAAAUUUUAUAAAGUGAACUCUUUUAUAAGUUGCUUAUGUGCAAUGCCGAGAUGUUGCAAUGAAAAUAAAGCAGUGAGUUCGGUUGGCAACAGUCAGAAACAAAAUACAGAAAAUAUUUUAUUAACACAGAGUCAUUCUUUUUCAAUUGGAAAUCCGUUGGAGUUAGACGAAGAUCCACCGAUUGUUGAGAAAUCACACAGAAGAGUUAGGUGUGAUUUGAGUCCAGUUCCAACAAACACGAGUACUAAUUUAAAUAUAAAACUUUUAAGUAUUAAGGGAGAUAAAAAUACUCGCCAGGAUCAAACAAGUACUGGAUCUGGUGGGUACAGAGAACGGGAAAAAGAAGUUAAAAAGAGAGCAGCUAUAGGCAACACAGUGCGGGGACUCCUCUCAUCUGGCCACAGCAGGCAGGACAGGUAUGAGACAAAUAGGCAACGUUCUUCGGGUGGUAGUAGCCUGUCCAGUUUGUGUCCAAAGCUGGUGGCCAGUGGAGGUAGUAAUAAUCAGGGUGGGAUUAGUUUGGCAGUGGGCCACUUAGCCUCUCAAGAAAGUGGAGGCCCUUGUUCAGUUGUAACUACUCAGAGGAUUCAUAAUCACACACAUAAUCACAAACGCCAAAGGAAAUUGUCUGUUGUUUCACAACCUGGUACUAGCGCUCAUAGUUGCGGAGAUCGAAAGACAUCAAGUAUAAGUCGAUCUUCUACAACUAUUUGUAAGAAACAAGUGAGGAUACAAAAAGCUGAUCAUAGUACAGAUUCAUUAUCUAUAACUAGUAACGGAGUUGCAAAUAAUUCACCUUCUUCUAAAAAGAAAGUUUUGUCUGCAUUGCGUAUUUCUGAAAAAUCGUCCUCUCGGAAUUUUAAUUCGCCAACCGUAGAACAUGAAAAUGAUCGUAGUUUUAGCGAUGCAGAAGAAGCUAUUACAGCGACAGAAAAUGUUUCCAAUGUGCCAGGAUCUAAUUCAACACCGUCGACACCAAUUAGUCGAUUAAAAUCAAAAAGAUCAGAUGAAGAUGAAACAAUCGUGGAAUGCAAUAUUAGCGAAGAAGGCGGUAAAUCGUCACAGAAUGUAUCAGAUAAGAAGUUAUCGUUAGAUUGUAAUGAACAAAAAGCGUUAACCUCCGAAUUUUCUAAAAUUUCAAACGUUAUAAAAAAAGUAUCAGUAAAUAGCAGUAUCGAAGAAGAAAUAAUUACUCAAAACAAACAAAAAGUAUUCUCUACGUCUUCUAUAAGUACAAAAUGCAACACUAGUGAAAACAAAAAUUUAAGAUCUAAAAACAAGUAUGUUACAGAAAAGAUGAUUGAACAGAAUGAUAAUAAGAAUUUGAAAGAAACAAACAUGGAUACAAGUACGUCCACAGAAACGUCCACUUCAGCAGCUUGUAGUAAAAGUAGCGGGAAAGCAAAACGGAAAAUAUCUAACGAAGAGCUUAAAUCUACAGAUAACGAAAAUGAAAAUUUAACUAAAGAUUCCGAUAAAGAUGUGACUGACGAUAAAAAGGAGGAUACGCGACAAAAUGAAGAAUCGGUGAAAAGUUCAAGAUUCGUGACUUCGAAAGUAUCGGAGGAAAUAAUAGAGCCUGAGGGGAAAGAUAUGGACACGCAAAGGGAGGUGGAAGAAGAAAUGACAAUAUAUGACGAAGAUGACAAUGGCACCAGUAUCAGUGAUAUUGUUGCUGCACAAGCACUUCAUGAAUCUCUGAGUAAAUUAGGAAAAGUACCACCGUUAGACACAGAAAUGGAGGAUGUUAAAGAUACGAAUGUGGAAAGCGAAACGAAGAUUGUGAAAGAUCCUCAAAAAGAAGUAGUUGGACAAGAAGAGGCAGUGGAAGGUUUUAUUGGUCCAUUACUCGACGAAAAUUUUAAAGCCGAUGAAAAAUUAACACAAAAGACAAUGGCUAGGGAAGAAGUUGAAAAUUUAUUGAGGAAAGUGCAAAAUAUUGAAGACGAUGAUGACGAAGAGAAAGCUAUCGGUAUAUCACCUGACGGUAGAUUUCUAAAAUUUGAAGAAGAAAUCGGUAGAGGCAGCUUUAAGACUGUGUAUAGAGGUUUAGAUACUCAAACAGGUGUCGCUGUUGCUUGGUGUGAGUUGCAGGAGAAAAAAUUAAACAAAACAGAAAGACUACGGUUUAGAGAAGAAGCAGAAAUGUUGAAAGGUUUACAGCAUCCAAAUAUUGUUAGAUUUUACGACUAUUGGGAAGUUACACUAACGCGUAGAAAAUAUAUUGUGCUAGUCACUGAACUUAUGACUUCAGGAACAUUGAAAACGUACCUAAGACGCUUUAAAAAGAUCAAUCCAAAAGUGGUAAAAUCUUGGUGCAGACAAAUUUUGAAAGGCCUUAGCUUUUUACACUCGAGAUCACCACCAAUUAUUCAUCGUGAUUUGAAGUGUGACAAUAUUUUUAUUACUGGUACAACGGGAAGCGUGAAAAUCGGCGAUCUAGGUCUUGCAACUCUAAAAAAUCGAAGCUUCGCAAAAAGUGUUAUCGGAACACCUGAAUUUAUGGCACCUGAAAUGUAUGAAGAACAUUAUGAUGAAUCCGUUGACGUUUAUGCAUUUGGAAUGUGUAUGCUCGAGAUGGCUACUAGCGAAUAUCCAUACUCGGAAUGCACUGGGCCAGCGCAAAUAUAUAAACGCGUAGUAUCGGGUGUAAAACCGCAAAGUUAUGACAAAGUGGAAAAUCCAGAAGUACGCGAGAUUAUAGAAAUGUGUAUUCGUCUAAAGAAAGAAGAGCGACCUUUAGUUAAAGAUCUAUUAAAUCAUGAAUUUUUCGCGGACGAUGUUGGAUUAAAGUUAGAAAUGGUCUCGCGAGAUUCAGCCGUCGCAGACGCAGAGUUAUCCCGUGUCGAGUUCAGAUUAAGAGUGUUAGAUCCUAAAAAGCGUACCAAUAAACAUAAAGAGAACGAGGCGAUACAAUUUGACUUUGACAUUCAAACUGAUAACGCGGAAGAGGUGGCUUCAGAAAUGGCUAAAUCGAGCCUCAUACUUGAAGAAGAUGUUAAGGCUGUGGCGAAGAUGUUAAAAUCACAAAUCACUACUUUGUUGCGGGAGAGGGAAGAACGUAAAGCCAAAGAAGAAAAAGAACGUUUAGACAGAGAAGCGGACACAACUAAUGCAGCCAAUGAAAGUCUAUUACAGCAACAAUUACUACUUCAACAGAUGCAGUUGCAACAACAGCAGCAACAACAAAUGCAGCCAAACAUGGGCAUUCAAAUUCAAGGCCAAGUACAAAUGCAAUUACAACAAAACCAAAUACCUCUUCAGCAACAACAGCAGCAGCAACAACAAAUGCAAUCUGCUGCUCAACAGCCCCAGCAACAUAAUUUACAACCGCAACAAGUUCAGUUAGUUCAACAACAACCGUUGAUGCAACAGCAAACAUCUGUCGUUCAACCGCAGCAAGCACAACAGAUGCAACAAGUACCGCAAGUUUCACAGCAGCAAGUUCAGUAUCAGCAACAGCAGUAUCAACAGCAACUGCAGCAACAGUAUCAACAACAACAGCAGCAGCAACAACAAUUUACGCAGCACGUUUCACAGAAUUUAACUGCUACAUCUUCACAGUGUUCUACUCCUCAAACUGUACAAACUCAACCACAGUUUCCUCAAGUGACUCAACAGAUACAACAACAGCAACAUCUGCAUCAACAGCAACAGUAUAUACAACUGAAUCAAAUGAACGUGCCGCAACAAAUGAGUCAUCAAAUGCAACAGCAGAUGCAACCUCAGAUACAACUUUUAUCUCAGCAGCAGCACAUGCAUCAACAGCUGCAACAACCUCAACAAGUGCAAUAUUCUCAGCCACAGAUGCAGCACGUCCAACAAGUACAUCAACAUUCAGUAGGUUCAUCAUCGGUUCAGAAUCAGCAAUAUUAUCAACAAGGUACUACAGCAACUCCAGGAUAUAAUACACAACCCAUAUAUCAGCAAAAUAUAUCUCAGCAAAUAUAUCAUUCGUACACCAGUUCUAAUUCUUCUGGGCAUGUCGAAAUGUUAUCAUCUAGUCAGCCUACAACUCAAAUGUAUUCCCACGCAACUGCGCCUUCAACUUCGCAACCUUACAUACAACAAGGAGGGCAAGUUCCAGUUUCAAUACCAUCCAGCAUAAACAUUCAAAGCACCUCAUCCGCGACUCAUAUACAAAAUACAGUAACUUCUACAAUUCCAAAUGUGCAGAAUGUACAGAAUGUACAAAGUGUACAAAAUGUACAGAAUGUGCAAAACGUACAGGGUGUGCAAAAUGUACAGAAUGUACAAAACGUACAGAAUGUACAAAACGUACAGAAUGUACAAAGCGUACAGAAUGUACAGAAUGUACAAAAUGUGCCUACACUUCUUCCAAAUGGAGGACAUCAAUCGCAGUCUCAACAGAACGUUAUGGUUCAAAUGCAAUAUUCACAGAGUUCCAGCGUACCCACUUCUGUACCAAUGUCCUCUGGAGUAAAUGCGCAGUCGAUAACAACUUCACAGCAUCAACACUUUAUUCCAAAUACGGAUCAGAGUUCCACCACAGACAGAUCAUCUUUGUCUAAACAAGAUACGAUGGAUUCUAUACAGUCUUUGCCAACCGAUGUACCAGCUAAUAUUCAAGAUCAAGGGAAUGUACCUAACUUGACUAAUGCAAACGUUACAUCGCAAGCGACAGUAUCAAGCGAAGGAGUAACUCAAGAGACUUCAGAGAACGCCGCUGCAUCAGAAAGAUCUAAAGUGAAAAGGUCUGGUACAAAACGCAAGAAACCCGGCAUCAAACUAACAGUUUUGUCUGUAAGCAGCAACGAGGGACAAUCGAUGACCGUUGAAUGUCAGCUAGAUACGAGUAAACAAAAAACUGUAACGUUUAAAUUCGAUAGAGAUGAUAUGGUACCUACUGAUAUUGCUAAUAAUUUGGUUGCAGAAAAUUUAUUGCCGCAAUCGCAGUGUGAAACAUUCGUAGAACUGAUUGAAGAUAUAGUUAAACAAUUGCGUUUAGAUCCCAGCCGUAGUUUACCUUUAGUAGCACAUGGUCCACCAGAUCAAUCGGCUGGUGGCAGUCCAGUUACGAGCCGUAGACCUAGAGAACGUGACCACAGUCUUGAUACAGCUAAGAGAGACGAAACUUCCAACACUUCUACUCCUACGAAAUUAUUGCCAAUUGAUCAAAUUAUUUCUCAUAUCACGAACAACACCUACAUGGAAAAGCAGCAGAGCGUACAAACACCUGACGCUCAGAUAGGUACUGAAAAUACAUCGGCUGAAGCAUCGAGAAGAUCAUCGACUUCCACACAGAAUACAGACACAUUAACACCGACGAACUUAUCGAGUGAUCCAACUGAUCCAACUCAAGAAAGUAUAAUCUCUGUAACGUCUGCAGACACGGUUUUAGAAGUACAUCAUACGUCAAAUGAUGACACUUCAAAAUCUUAUCAAUGCUCGACAACGUAUACUCAGAGUCAAAUACAAAAUUCGAGUGCAACUCAAGUAACUGAAAAAUCUACAGAAUCCAUGGUUCAUGAUACAGUCGAUCCUCAAGACAAGGAAACGAAUAAAGAAGCAAGUACUGAUUCAUCAGCUGCUGAAGUAGCUACGUUAACUGCGCCAGUUCCAACGCGAAAAAUUUCUCGUUUCUCAGUCAGUCCCGUGGUCGAGCAAAAGGUCGUUGUAAACGAAGAGGAAGAAUCUACUGUCGCAGACAGUGCAGAGAAAUCUAAUGUUUUAACAACACAGACUAGUGUAUCUUCGCAAGUGAGUACAGAAGGGACGCAAGUAAAACAUGAUGAUUCUGACGCUACUGUUGUCGAAGCGCAAGCUGCAGUUAUUUCUGAAAAAUCCACCGCAGAAACAAUUCCACAAAAUUCUCAUUGCGUCGAGCAAGUAGAUAAUAUUCAUGCAAUGCAAUCGGCUCCUCAAACUGUGAUGCAGGGACAAACAGUUCCACCUAUGCCACAAAUGCAGCAAAAUGUUAAUGUUCUACAGUCUAGUCAACACAGCGUCACUAUGCAAGGGUCAGGGGUAACGCAUCAACCACUUCAACAAAUGCAACCGGGGCAAUAUCAAAGUCAGCCUAUGCAAUGCAACGUUUUACUACAACAACAACAACAACAACAGCAACAGCAACAGCAAAUGACUGCACAACCAAAUUUGAUGCAAACACAUAUUCAACCGGAACACCAACAUCAGGGACAAAUGCAAACUCAACGAACGCUUCAACAAUUCCAUACUCAACAAAUGCCACAGCAGCAUCAACAAUAUGUAAUACUUUCUGGACCCAUUCCACAGUUACAGCCAACUGCAAUCAUAGAUGAGAGAAAUCGCAGGAUUUCAAAUAUUUCUACCACAUCAAAUAUAUCUACGGAUUCACAGAUUUCGGAGACAACCAGUCUUACCGAUGAUAAGAAGCAACCUAUGGCUGUACCCAAUUUAUCCAUGCCUCAGAUGCAACAUGUGCAACUUAUUCCACAACAGGAUGGAUUAAACAACGCUUCUUUGCCUCAGACUGUCCUGGAACCAGUACAACAGCUUCAAACAAUUCCUCAAAACGUAAUGAAUGUACCAUCGACUAUGUCCGUUCCUGUUCAUCAAGUUGUUGGUGCAGAAGUUGCUCCCAAAGUUGUUCUUAAAACGAAGGAAGUUUCAUCGACGCUUCCAGACUUGGCGCAAAAUUUGGCGAAUAUACUUUCAAAUCCAAAAUCAAAAUCCGUAACACCACAUUGUUUAACUAGCCAUGAGCCAAACCAACCUGUGACCAUGGCAGGAGCUACGAUACUCGAUUAUAAACCUACUUUUCAAUCUGAACAAUAUUUUCAACCUAUUCAACCUGAAGCGAGUCAGGUACACAUGCAGUCGCAGUUGCCACACAAUUACCAAGCGAAUAUGACACAACAGGGAAUUCCACAAACAUUUCAGAUUGGUCAGCAAACUCAUCAAACUCAAAUACCUUUGCAACAGGCAAUGCAGUUGAAUACCACUCAACAAAUAGAUCCCCAGUUCCAAAUAACACAACAAAAUUUUCAAGGAAUGCAGGUUCAUGCGUUAUCCGCGCAAGGAAAAUGGAUUGCAUCUGCGCAUCAAACUAUAAUGCAACAGUCUAUACCAAUUAGGCAUCCGCAACAAAUUCAACCGCAGUUGCAACAAACUGCUCCUAUGCAACAACAUAUCGUACAGGAAAUACAGAAUAUAGAAGGUUCUGUGUUACCUGAUCAGUCUCAGUUUCACCUAAAGCUUCCAGAUCAACAACUUCAGGGCAAAAUACCAGAAACAGAAAGUCAAGAAGGAACUGUUUUACCUGGGCAUAUCAGUUCCGAACAUCUACUAUCGGAGGUUGAAAGUUCCAGUCACGAUAUAACUCCAGAGCAUACUAUCGUCGAAUCUACAGACGCUGCAUUGUUCACGCAAAAUCAAAUAUUACAACAGCAACAGCUGCAACAACAACACCGGAAACUUAGUCAACAGAAUUCUUUGGAUAAAGUUUCUGAUGCAAGUACUGGUGUAAGUGUUUCGAGUGGAACAGCAGGUCCACAAACGAUAGCAGACCUCCAUCAAAAACUUGUACAAUUAACAAGUCAGCCGUCCGAAGCACUCAACGUAGGCACACCACCUAUAAGUUAUCCAGCUACUCCUCAUAAUCAUCAAAUGAUUGGAGGAUGCGACGCGUAUAUGCAUUCUUUGCAGCAGAAACUUGUCAAUAUUGGUAUGCCAAUUUCGACUGCGCACGGUAUUGGUCCUUUAUCGCCUCAGACUACGACACAAACUUCCGCGUCUCUGGCUGAUCCCAACGUUCCAACAAGCGGUGAAAAUGUUUUAGCUCAUGAAGGCUCCGUUCAUCCACUUGCAUUUUCUCAAACUCAUGUAGAUUGCUCUCUCGAUAGUCCAACACCGGGAGGAGCCCCUACAGGUUCAGAAACCAUGAGUCCUAGUAAAGAGAGCAUAAAAGUUCGAACGCAAAGGCCAGGAUCUCGCCUACAAGAACUGGAACAAGAAUUGGCUAAGAUUCACCACAGAGGCUCAAUUCUCUCAACAGCUUCGCCACAACCGUUAACACCACCUGUUUCUGCUGUUGGUUCCGUUCAACCAUCUUUGCAGCCUACUCAAAGUUUGUUAACUACUGUUCCACCUGUAGCUACUGUGCCUGUCGCUACUGUUACUCCAAGUGUCAUUUCAUCACGCUCUGAUACGAAUACUCCAGUCCAAAUAGAACCUCAAGAAAAUGUUUCUGAGAAGGGUAAUACUAUACAACCCGUUAGAAAAAUAUCAAGAUUUGUGGUUUCCAAGGUCGCAGGUCCUCCUAUUAGUGCUGCUACGUCGAAUCAACAACUACAACAUACUGAUAUACCUAAAAAUCAAAUGGAAGAUCCAAAGAUUUAUCAUACAGAUGACAUGCAGGGUACAUCAGUGCAAGUGAUUCAUAGUCGUGAAGGAUCUCUUCCGCCCACACAAAUUACGCAGCCUAUUACCGCCCCUGUAGUAGAAGUAUACUUCUUACAGCAACUGGAAAAGGAUGAAAGAUUCUGGACACUGACACCGAGCGAAGAAUAUCAGUUACUCAUAAAAAAACAAACUAUGGAAUUGGAAACACUGCAAAGGAGACAUAGGGAAGAAUUAGAACGUUUUCAACAACAUCAAUUACAGUUAUUGAUUCAGCAACAACAGCAAGCAAGUGCACUUCAUCAGCAUCAUCACCAACAUCAUCCAGUGCUUUAUCAUACCGUAACAACUAGUAUAGCAGGCCAAACUAGACUUCCAAGUGCUGAAGACUAUUUAAUGUUUAAUACAACACCUCAAACUCCAUUACAAAAAGCCCCAAGUAAUUAUCCAGAUACCGACGAGACAUUACGAUUAGCUAUGCAAAAAUUAAAACAAACUCCAUUGCAACUACAACCGCAACAGGCAGCAGCUGGAAUACCACAUGCUUAUGUUAUUCCAAUUCCAGUAGUGCCUUCCGAAACUAUGCAAAAUGUGCCCUCUCAACAGUCCAGUAGUUACACAAGUGAAGUUGCAGAAUCUCUUGAUUCAACGCAUAAUCCAACAAUUAUAAAUUCAACGCAGUAUCAGUUUACACCUAUGCUAUCGGAUGGAACAAACAUUGCAGUAUCUUCGACGGGAUCGUUAGUUACAUCUAUACCUAUAUCAAGUUCAACGGGAAGUGGGGCAUAUAUCCAGUACCAUGAAAAUCAAACAUUACCCAACUUCCAAACCUUCAGCUGUACACCACAUGGCGGUUUCUUUUUACCGGCUGGUUAUCGACUAAUAUAUGCUCCUCCUGGAGCAUCUCAAUCUCAAUCUCAGUCUCAGUCUCAAUCUCAGUCUCAGUCUCAGUCUCAAUCUCAACCUCAGUCUCAACCUCAGUCUCAGUCUCAGUCUCAACCAGUUACUCCAGCUACUCCUCAUAUAGGAAGUUCUCAUGAUGGCACGCCACCAGCAGAACCUUUACAAUCGAAUACUGAUAAUUCAACUGCUCCUCUUUCCCAUACUGAUCAAUAACGUAAUAUUUAGCAAAUUAUAGUCUAUAUUUCGACUUAUUCAUUUCCGUAAUAUGUUGUUUAUUUAACUUGUUGUUCUUAUCUGCUAGUACGAAAUCAUACAUUAUCUAUUAUUCUAAUAUAAUUUUGCUAAUACGUAUUGCUACAGUGAUCCUCGUGGAUACGUAUGCGGGGAGGCGCAAAUGAAAGUAUUUAGGAUGUAUUUGAUAUUGCAACAUCCAUUACGUAAUUGCUAAAAUAUUCUUGCUGUCUACGCGUGAGCAUGAUACUAAUGUUUGAUUAUGUGCCUCGCAGCAAAAGAGAAAAAGAAUAAGAACUCAGAUAUGAACACGGAGAAUAUUUUGAAUGAACGAAUUAUGUUUCUGGACAAGAGGAGAAAAAAGAUAUUGAAAUUUGAGGAUAGAGGCCUUUACAUGUACUGUGCUUAUACCUUAUACAGUAGAUAUCCUUCGUUAGUGAAAAUGAUGCUUCUCGAAAGACUUUUUCUGCUCUCAAUUUAUUAGCAGCACAGUCCACAUUAGUACAGGCCUCAGCUAGUCUUAUGAAUGAAAUGGCGUACAGCCAUUCUGCUCGAUGUAUAUGUAUAACUGUUAAUGUAUACUGAAUGCUUCGAAGAGAGAAUGUAUGUUUACGUGUGCAUGUAUGUGAUUGCAGGAGUCAGGCAAAGAAAAAAAAUAUGAUUAAUAUAGUCACUGUUAUGCUUUAAUGUAUUUCUAGCGAUUUUACCUACUUCAAUUAAAAAAAAAAGAAGUCAUGUGUUA